AUGGUGGCUGUCCUCCCACCUCCAGGUUAUGAAGGGGCUUGGCGAAAGAUAUUUUACCCCAGUUAACUAGCGUUGUCUUAUUGGAAUAACACAAUGACUGGAGAACGGAGAAUUAUUGUUCAGCUUUUUGAAAACCAGCAAAGAAUUCAGUUCAGAGUGAUCACAAAGAAAGUUGACUGGAAGGCCAUUGCUUCAGCAUAAGAGCAGUUCACCUGGUUUCCAGGUUUCUUGUGGACUACAUGCCCAAGGUUUAGAACACACCCAGAUAGUAACUGUCAUGUUCCUAUUUGUUACAUCAUUAGAGCAGUGUUGUUCCUAGACUGGGCAAACGAUAGUAAGAUUGAGGUCAUGGAUCAGAUUUUUGUGGCCUUGAUUAUAGAAACCAACUGCUUGCAGGAGUACUUUGCCUCAAUAACGACACCAAAGUAUUUUAAAAGCUGGCCCCCACUGCUCUAA